GAAGACAUUGUGCAACCUCCUGCAUCCCGAGGGAAAGAGAAAGUUACAUUCCCCCAAAGCUCCCAACCAACAAACGGACUGUAUUUGAUUCUAUUUGUGUCUUUGUUAUCUUUCACAAAGUUCUACAGUCUGUCUGUCUGUCCGUUCUUCCAGCGACCGAGAUGAAAUCCAUCCUUCUGGUUUUACUGUCCUCUGUCGCUCUGAACUUCACAGGAAACUGUGAUGUGAUUGGCUCAACUCAAACCGUUAAAGUAAAGGUCAAUGAUGUCGCCAUCCUGCCAUGCUUCAGCACAUCCAACAUGACAAAUGCAAUAGUAAAGUGGAAACAAGAGCAGAGCAAUAAAAAAUAUGUUCACUUUUAUCGAAGUGGGGAUGACAAUGUAGAUGAUCAGGAUGAGAACUUCAGAGGUAGAACAUCUCUCUCCCGUAAAGAAAUGAGCGGAGGAAACGUUUCACUAAAACUGACCAACGUAACUGAACUGGAUGCUGGAAAUUACACCUGCGAUGCUCGUGUUGAAACAUCGCCUGAAACAGUUCAACACAGAAAAUGCAAUGUCACCCUCAUUGUUGAGCCAGAAAAGGACCCUGCAGUUGAUAGAAAACAAGUAAGAGUCCCCGGCACAACACAGAAACGAGACCAUGGUACAACUGUUGGCAUCUGCGUUAUAAUAUUUAUAAUAGUUAUUCUUGCAAUUAUAUUACUUGCUGCCGUCUUUUUCAUCUGGAGGAAAUGUAAAAAUACCAUUUUAGGACUAUUGUCACAGCUGUUGCCAUCAUCUUCCAGCUCUGACAGUGACACCAACUGUACGCGUAAAAAACAAAAAAGAAGAAGACGCAACAGACAAAGAAACAACAAAAAGAAGAAUCUUGACACAAGUUUACACAUGGGAAGCACCAGUGACACGAGUACCUGAGCAGGUUCAUUCAACACGUACCUCCAGUCAAACAUCCUUCCUCAGAAAUAGAUUGUACAUUAAGCACAGAUCCUUUUAACCCUUAAAUGCAUGUCUUAAGCAACCAGUGAGUAAAUUAAACCCUGUCUAAUCAAAACUAAAAGAUUGUUUAAUGUUUGAAGUUUUAUGUGUCAAAAUGUUAGAAAUGGUUUUCUAAUGUUUUUUUCUAAAAAAGUUCAUGGGGUCAUUCGUGACUCAAGGUACUUCUAGUGCAGUAAAAUGUUCCCUGUCAAUGUUUUACUAUUAUAUAUAAUGUUUUGGAUUAAUGUCUUUGUUGCAUUUUACUGUUGUAGAUGUUUAAGCUAACUUUAACUACUUUAUAUGCAACAAUGCACCAUUGAGACAGUGUAGCAACAAAACUUCACCUCUUUGUUUCUGUCAACUUUCUGUAGUGCAGCCUCAUGCUGGCUCAUCAGGGAUUCAGCUAAAUCUUCCAACUGCAGUCCAAGUACCUCAGGCACUUGCACUUGAUGGCCUGAGGCGAACUACGGCUGAGACUAACCUUUCUGCAACCUGCAGUAAAGAUACUGACAGAGAAACGCCCACAAUCUAUUCAUUGACCUUCAGUACAAUAUUUUGAAUGAGCAGUUGGACAUGAAUAUUGACCCCUGCAUAGCCACUGGAGCUUCCUGUAAAGAAAGCCCUUGCCCUUUGAUCCUGAGAACAGGUGCCCCCUAAGUUUGCAUCCUCUCACUCUGGCUUUUGUCCCUUCUUACAAACCACUUUACAUCCCACUACAGCUCAGCUAACAUUCUUAAAUAUGCAGCCGACACAACCAUAAUCGGACUCAUAACCUACAACAACAAAGACCAAUACCUUGAACAAGUAGCCACUUAGUGCCUUGCUAACAACCUUCUGCUCAACACAUCCAAAACACAUGAAGUCAUUAUAGAUAUCAGGCCUAGCCUCCUCCCCAAAACCACCAUUAUUUUCACAGGUGAACCCAUAACCAUCACAGACACAUUCAAAUUAUUAUAUAUCAGCAUCACACUCAAAUGGAAUGUCAAAACAGAAAAACAUACUCACCUCAUUCAGAACAGUUUGGUACGGUCGCACAGACAGCCACAUGCAUUCAGUAAAUCAUCUAAGACUAUUGGCACCCACCACCCAUCUGUUGAACCACUAACACACAGUAAAAAGAGCUGAACAGAUCAUCUCUGACCCCUUUUACCCUGCCCUCCAGGAGGCCCUAAAGGUCCCUGCCAACCAAAUAAUGCAGUUUUUUCCACCACUGCAAUAAGAUCUCUCACUGAUCCUGACAAAUGAGCCUGCACUUAAAACCUAAAAUCCUGUAAAUAUUGUCCUGUCUGUCUAUGUUUGAUAUUACUUGACACUGUUGCAUUGAGCCUACCUACCAUCCUGUACCCAAAGCAAAUUCCAUUGACAUUGGUUUUGUGGUCAUUAAUAAAUGAAUGAUUGAUUGAA